AAUGACAAGAAAAAAUCAUUGUUUACAAGCUACAAACAACAAUGUUGUCAUUGCUAUGUAACUUCAUCAGCAAGGACUUUGACUUUUCUAAAGUCAACAAACACUUGCAAUGAUAAAUUGCAGCCUUGAAACAAUUCUCUAUUCAAAAUUUCAAAUCAAAAUGUCAUUGAAUUUACUCUUCAUUCUUUUUACACUUUUCUCUUCAUACCUUCCUACUUUUGUUGCAAAACCAGAAGCAGCUGAUGCUUUACUCAAAUGGAAAACCAGUCUCACAAACCAAAACAAUCCCUUGCUAUCUUCAUGGUCCCUUGAUCCAACUACUAAUCUGACCCAUGUAAACCGAACCACAAGUACCGCACCAUGCUCCUGGUACGGUGUUCAUUGCAAUGAUCAAGGGGACGUAGUAAAACUCAACCUUUCCACUUCAAGAUUAAACGGUACACUUCAACACUUCACAUUUUCGUCUUUCGCUAGUCUAACACAUCUAGACCUAAGACUAAACGGCGUUUUUGGAUCCAUCCCAGUUGAGAUCAGGUAUCUUUCUAAACUCGUGUUUCUUGAUCUUUCUAGUAAUCAUCUUUCCGGAACAAUUCCUCAAGAGAUCGGAAUGUUAACGAAUAUUGAGACCCUUUCAUUGCAUAGUAAUAAUCUUGAAGGUCAUGUUCCAGUUUCUCUAGGAAAUUUGAGCAAGUUGGGUUAUCUUCGUGUCGAUAAUAAUAACCUAUCGGGUUCUAUACCUCCAGAACUAGGAACCUUGUACAAUCUCGUGACGGUCAAUAUGUCAGUCAACUUCCUAACGGGACACAUCCCGUCUAGUCUAGGAAAUCUGACUAAACUCUCUGAACUGUACCUCUUCUUAAACAAUCUUACGGGUUUGAUCCCACCAUCUUUAGGAAAUUUGAGCUCGUUAAGGAUCUUAUAUUUAUACAUGAACAAGCUUUCGGGUCGAAUUCCUGAUGAGCUAGGAAACAUGAAGAGUCUGAAUCUGUUACUUUUCGGCCACAAUAAGCUCACGGGUUCCAUCCCGGCUUCACUUGGAAACCUGACAAAGUUAAAGAUACUAGAUGUUCAUGAAAACUUACUUUCAGGCGUUAUCCCACCAGAACUCGGAAAACUAGAGUCGUUGAUUCAAUUAGCCUUCAGUCACAACGAGCUUAGCGGUCAAAUCCCGGCUUCAAUAGGAAAUCUAAGCAGAUUAGAGCAGUUGUUCUUCAACGACAACCAAUUUAACGGUUCUAUUCCUAAAGAGUUAGGAAACUUAAACUCUCUUGUUGAGAUGCUUUUGCUCCUUAAUCGGCUAAGUGGUCCGAUCCCAGAUUCACUUGGUAACCUAACAAAGUUGGAGCAAUUCGCGCUGCAUGACAAUAAGCUCUCGGGUUAUUUUCCUGAAGGGAUACUCAACUGUAGAAAACUAAGAUAUUUGACUUUAGGUAAUAACUCGCUAGUUGGCCCCGUCCCUAAAUCGAUUUGCAACUUGAGAUCUUUGGAGACUCUUUACCUUGGAAGUAACCAGUUUAGUGGCGGGAUUCCGCAAUGCCUGGUUAACUUCAGCCACAAUCUCACGGUAUUGGAUCUACGGUUGAACCGUUUGCAUGGAAACAUACCCACAACAUUCUUGAAGCGAAACAACAACUUAAAGACUCUCAACUUGAACGGAAAUCAACUUCAAGGCUCGAUUCCUGGGACUUUGAUCGACUGUAGGAAGCUUGAAGUUUUGGAUUUGGGAGACAAUAAGUUAACCGGUGGAUUCCCGCACUGGAUUGAUACGCUUCCCGAGAUGCAAGUUCUUGUCUUGAGAGGUAAUAAACUCAAUGGGACGUUACACACAUCCAACACCGAAACCCCGUUUCCAAAGCUGCGAAUUCUUGAUCUAUCUAGUAACGAGUUCACAGGUCUUUUGCCUUCAAAAUACUUCAAGAACUUUAAAGCUUUAAUGAGCGUGGAUGGCGCUGCAUCCGGAGAGUUCUACAUGGAUGGAAAGUCCAUGUAUUAUGAUACAGUGGAGCUAGGAGUGAAAGGAUUGAGACUACACCUAGAGAGAAUAUCAGUCGUCUACAAUACUAUAGAUCUUUCGGUUAACACAUUUGAAGGGGAGAUACCUGACACGAUUGGACAGCUAAGAUCACUUCGGUUUCUCAACCUAUCGCGUAACAGUCUCACGGGUAGAAUCCCGACAAACUUGACAAACCUUGUCCGGCUUGAGCAUUUAGAUCUUUCUUCUAAUAAGAUGGUAGGCAAAAUUCCUGGACAACUUGCAAGUCUGACGUUUCUUGUAGUUGUAAACUUUUCGCAAAAUCAGCUUCAAGGAGCCAUACCUAAAGGUGGACAGUUCAAUACGUUUGAUAGUAGUUCAUUUCAAGGGAACAAUGGGUUAUGUGGAUUCCCAUUAACAAAGAACUGUGGAGACGAUGGUGUGUCAUCCUCUCUGAUGCCUGAAGAAGAUGAGGAUGAGGAUGAAGAUGAAGAUGAUACUUUCUUUAAUGGCUUUUCUUGGGAAUCUGUUGCUAUGGGAUAUGGAUUUGGGAUGUUAAUCGGAUUGGGUAUCGGAUGGUUUGUGUUUUAUUUGGGAAAGCCCAGAUGGGUCAUUAGGAUUACUGAAAAACAGCCAAUUCAGACAUGAAGGAAUAUCAUUAUCAAGAAAGAUUCAUGGAAUUAGAGGAUGGGUAGCCACGAGAGCCCGCAAGCCCAAUCGGAUUUCUCAAGUUUCUGAUGUUAGAUCUCAUUGUCCUUUUAAAAGUCUUGUAUAGUUUACAAAACACACUGUUGUAAUAAAUGUAACUGAUAAUAAAAGACUUCAAAUAAAAUAAUG